AUGCGGAUUAAAGGUGUAAUUAUUCUUACUUUUGCACUCUUGUUCGCAAUAAUUGGUCUUGUCUUGCAUCUAUUGGCACUAUUCAGUAAACAAUGGACAGUAGCAAUUCCUCGUGAACCUCGAGGCCCUAAUGAUCAGAUUCAUUAUUAUAGUUUAUGGACACGAUGUCAAUAUUCAAAUACCUCAUUUGUCAUUCCAGACGUAUCCUCUCAACCAAAUAUAGAAAAUUUUGUUUGUCGUCCAAAUACUUAUUUGCGUUAUAAUAUGAAUAGUGAAGAAAUAAGUAAAACAUGUUAUUCAAGUCGCCAUCAGUGUUCAUCAAUCAUUGGUGUUCAUCCAGAUUGUAAAUGCAAGUAUUUACCAGUCACACAAGUUCAACAAUGGUGUUGCAUUCUAGCUGCCAUACUUCUGUUCUUAGCUAUACUAAUUUUUUAUCUUAAUUUAAUUGCUUCACCACAGAAUGAAAGUGCGACACUUCUCUUGACGUUUGCACCUAUGGUACUUAUUAGUCUCGCAUUAAUACUGAUGGUUAUCACAAUGAUACUUCUCGGUGCUUAUUUAAGACGUAAUGAAUACGAAGAUUACGAUAUUAAACUACCAAGAAAUAUUUUUCAUUCGUUGCCUAUGGCACCAGAAACAUUUAAUUUAUAUCGACUUGAUGCUUUUUUUAAAAUUCAUAAAAAUCCUGACUUACGCCGACAAGCUGUUUCAAUAUUUAAAACAAUACAUAAAGAACGUUUUGAUGUACGUGUUUAUUGGUCAGUCGGUGUGGAAAUUGCUGCUAUUCUAGUAACAUUUAUGGCAUAUAUAUUAAGUAUUAUUCUAGCUUUAGCACGAGUUAAUUGA